GCUUAAAAUUCAUCACUGCAAAAUCUGUCACGUGGAAUUCCUGACAUUAUCAGAAUUACGUCAAGAUAACGUGAGAUUACGUCAAGAUGGGUCAUUCUUUUUCUAUUUAUGCAUCGGCUCUGCUGGCAGUGUACAUGCGCGUUUGGUGCCAGUCGCACUCGUGUCGAAAGUCGAUUAGCUAUUCCGUGUUCUAUAGUCGAGUUCACGAGUGUGUAGUGUGCAGUGACAUGUCGCUCCGAAACCAGCAUUUCACCGUUGAUAUAGGAGAUCUGCGAAUAAAAUACAAAGAUAAAAAUGAAACUUUCACGGAAGAUAAUUUAAUUAGUAAAGAACCCAUUGGACAAUUUAAAGCUUGGUUCGAGGAAGUCUGCAAUACUCCGCAAAUUUUGGAACCUAACGCAAUGUUUCUCGCGACAGCAACGAGAGACGGUGUGCCAUCUGUGCGCGCAGUGUUGUUAAAAGGCUUUGGCACAGAAGGCUUCAAGUUUUACACAAAUUACGAUAGUAGAAAAAGCCGUGAACUAGCCGAAAAUCCACACGCGGCAUUAACCUUUUAUUGGGAAUCUCUCAAACGAAGCGUACGUAUCGAAGGUAUCGCAAAGAAAACAUCAGCGGAAGAUUCGGACCGUUAUUUUCAGAGCCGGCCGUAUGCAAAUCAAAUCGGAUCUAUAUCCAGCAAACAAAGUAGUGUAAUCGCUAGUAGACAGACUCUUAUUGUAAAAGAAAGAGAGCUGCUGGCGAAAUUUCCAGAAGGUCAAGUUAAAAGGCCCGAUUGCUGGGGUGGUUAUCUCGUCGUACCGCAUUCCGUAGAGUUCUGGCAAGGGCAGAGUGAUCGUCUUCACGACAGGAUUCGCUUUAGACGUCCAAAAGCAAAUGAGAAAAUAGACAAUAUACUUGUGCAUAAAGGAGAAAACGGAUGGGUUUACGAAAGGCUUUCACCAUAGAAAAAAUCGCUGUAUUCGAAUUGGGGAAAGCGCGAAGAUGAACAACUUUCAUAUAUAUAAAAAUCAGUCUUUGCUGCAACAAAAAUCAUACUAUUGUUAAUAAGUGCAACAUUCCGAGCUAUUACCUCAUACUUUCAUGAUAAUAUUACACACCUAAUCAAAUAUUUAAUAUUCUUAACGUGAUUUUCUCGUGAGUCUCAGGAUUUCUCUAUUUACUCCUAAAAUGUGUAUGGUUGAUAUAUUGUUAAAUCGACAAAGAAAUAUAUUUAUGAUUAUCAUUAA